UAAUAAUAAGGUAAAUAAAAGUGUGUGAAAAGUCUGCGCAGCGAUACCAUUGCAAGUAGGUAAUCUCGAGGAGUAAGAGGAAACAGAAGAUCAGAGACGUGCAAGAUGGGAUGUAACACGAGCAAGGAAAGCGUUCAGCCAACAGCCGAGGAGGCUAAAGAGGACUCGAAGAACGGGGAUAUCAAACAGUCGACGACAGAGACGGGGACCGACGAGACUACCGCGGUAGAAGAAGCGAACAGCAAAUCGGCCGAGGCCACUAAGGAGGCGGCGAAUCAGGACGAGAGUGAGAAGGACAAGGACGAGGCGGCCACCAGGAUACAAGCCGCGUUCCGAGGCCACCACGCGAGGAAGAGCAUGAAGGAACCGGAGAGCGGAACGAGGCAGCCGCAGAGCCAGAACGACGCGGAACCAACGCAGGAGCAGCUACUCGAGGAGUUCAGGGCGGACGACAAGGGCGUAAGAAAUGAGCUUACUUUUCCAGAACUCUGCAACGCUGCUACCAAGAUUCAGGCGUCGUUCCGAGGCCACAUGUCGAGGAAGGAGCAGCAGGUCGUAACGGCCGCCUCGGCAGCGAUCAAGCCGAUCGAACAGUUCGUGGAAAAAACGGCUGACAAAAUCGACCAGAAGGUAAACGAUGCCCUGAACGAACUCGAGAGCAUCGACUUGACAGAUCCUGACUUGCACAAGGCAGCAACAAAGAUCCAGGCGAGUUUCCGGGGUCACAAAGUGCGCCAGGAUGGGCCAGCAGUCGGAGGAACAGAGCCGAGCAAGUAGGCGAAAGUGCCGGAGUAGACAGGCUAGAAGAAAAACCAAAAAGAAUUUAAAAAACCAAAAAGCAGAAUAAACCGUAAAAA